UCCCGUGACAAGCAAAGGGUAGAUCGGAGAAAGGUUUCGAGCUUCUUUUGCGGUCGUAGCUUUUUUGUUGGAUGCGAAGAGCUCGUCAUGGCCGUGGUCACCAGCGAAACGAGCUUGCUGUGUUCGAAUCGCCGAGCCGGGGGCGACGAUGGCGUGCCCAGAUUUUCCAGGGGCUGCGAGGACGGCGAGAGGUUCGCGAGAUGGCAUGUGAGGCUGAGUUGUUCUCCUGCUUCGUUGACAUCGAAGCAGCCGGUGCUCAGAUCGGCGUCCAUUUCGUGGUCGAGGAGUAAUCUCCACGGCAGCAGGGUCGCCGCGCGCCGAAUCGAAGCCGUGCCCAGGAGAGGCGCUGCUCUGGGGUUUCGCAUCAAUUCGCAGCAGGGUGGUCUUCGAAUUGGGAAAGCUCAUAGGUGGUGGGAAAAGGGCGUGCAGCCAAACAUGAAGGAGGUGAAAGGGGCGCAAGAUCUUGUGGACUCGUUGCUGAAUGCAGGGGACAAGCUGGUCAUCGUUGAUUUCUUCUCGCCGGGUUGUGGUGGGUGCAAGGCCCUGCAUCCCAAGAUAUGCCAGUUUGCGGAGAUGAACCCGGACGUUCAGUUCCUCCAGGUGAACUAUGAGGAGCACAAGUCCAUGUGCUACAGCCUCAAUGUCCAUGUCCUGCCCUUCUUUCGGUUCUAUCGAGGGGCUCACGGCCGGCUCUGCAGCUUCAGCUGCACCAAUGCCACGAUCAAGAAGUUCAAAGAUGCAUUGGCCAAGCACACCCCAGAGCGGUGUAGCCUCGGGCCAACCAAAGGUCUGGAAGAGAAGGAGCUUCUCGCGCUUGCGGCCAACAGAGAGUUGUCCUUCAACUACACACCGAAACCAGUUCAACCUACGCCGUCACCCGCGGAAGAAAUUACCGUAGAGCCAACACCGUCCCAUCCGGGCUUUCCUCUUCCUCUUCCUCUUCCAUUGAGCGCUCCCACGUCUGCUCAAGACAUGGAUGAGAAAUCUCUGGUCACAUCCGGGAGAUAAUGAGUUCAGCUUAUUAAGCGACCAAAUUCUCUCGCUUGGCCUCUCCCAAUGUACAGUCACCUCUUUGUGCCACCCGUAGUGUAUCUAAGCUAAGUGUAUGUAGUGUUCCAAGGAUUUGCGGGGUGUCUGGAUCUGGUUUUUGCAAUCCUAGCCCCUGCUGUUGUUCCAGCGAGAGCUUGAUGAGUUUGUUGUCUUCUUCUUCCUCCUGUAUAGAAGAUAAGUGAUUACUGUUUUGUCUCAUCCGGUAGUGAUUCACGCCUGUGAUAUAUGGGAGUAAUUUGGUCAGCA